CUUCGGGUUGUUUUGAAAUUCCUUAGUAUUCCGUGUAAUUUAUGUUUUAGAUAUAACCAAAAAAAAAGUAAUGCAGCAAUACUUAGAAAAUUUAAUAAAAGACAAACAGGUAUUAUGAUGUUAUGAAUGACAAAAUAUGAGAUUUCUCUGCGUUAACCUGAUACAGAAGCACAAAAGAUGCACAAUAAUAAAUAGAUCAUUUCCUGUAUUUACGCGUUUUAAAAGUGAAAUAAUGAAAUAUUUAAAUGUAGCCGAAAAAAAUGAUGCCGCUAAAAAUAUUGCUUUGCAUUUAUCCCGGGGAACAUCGAAUAGGAGAGAGGGUAUAUCCCAAUACAACAAAAUCUAUGAGUUUGAAGCGGAGGUGUUGGGAAACAAAAGUCAAAUGGUGAUGACUUCAGUGUCGGGACACUUGUUGUCUCUUGAUUUUGUCAGUGCCUAUAGAAACUGGAGGACUUGCAACCCAUUGUCUCUCUUUGAUGCACCAGUGUUCAAACAUUGUCCUGAGAAUUAUGAUAAAAUAAAGAAAACACUAGAAAGGGAAGUUCGAAAUUGCCAAGGCCUGAUAAUAUGGACUGAUUGUGAUAGAGAGGGAGAGAACAUUGGCUUUGAGAUCAUAGAGGUUUGCACUGCAGUAAAAAGUAACCUUAGGAUAUAUAGAGCUAAGUUCUCUGAAAUUACGGCUGUGUCUGUCAGAAGGGCGCUACACAAUUUGGAGCAACCCAACAAGAAUAUCAGUGAUGCAGUGGAUGUAAGACAGGAACUAGAUUUAAGGAUAGGUGCUGCUUUCACACGUUUUCAAACCCUUCGAUUGCAGAAAGUUUUCCCCACCAAGCUGGCAGAGAGCUUGGUGAGCUAUGGGUCAUGUCAAUUUCCCACAUUGGGUUUUGUGGUCGAAAGGUAUAGGGCUGUCGAAAACUUUGUUGCUGAAGCGUUUUGGAAAAUUAAAGUGAACCACACAAUGAACAAUCUGAGCGUUGAUUUCGCUUGGAACAGAAUACGAUUGUUUGAUCAGGACGCAUGUCAGGUGCUUCACGACGUAUGUAUAGAGAAUCCACAGGCAAAAGUCACAGAUGUGAAAACUAAACCCAAGUCGAAAUGGAGGCCUUUACCUUUAGAUACAGUGGAACUUGAAAAAUUAGCAUCCAGAAAAUUGAAAAUUAACGCCAAAGAGACGAUGCGAAUCGCCGAAAAGCUGUAUACCCAGGGUUUGAUAAGCUAUCCGCGUACAGAAACCAAUGAGUUUCUUAAGGAGAUGAAUUUGGGGCAGUUAGUUAGUAUGCAAACGGGCGACCCCAAUUGGGGAGCGUUUGCCCAGAACAUUCUUGACAGUGGCGGACCCACUCCACGCCAGGGCAAUAAAAGCGAUAAGGCCCAUCCGCCGAUACAUCCUACUAAAUACGCUAACAACUUAUCAGGCAACGAGCAACGUGUUUACGAGUUCAUAGUUCGAUCGUUCCUAGCUUGUUGUUCGAAGGAUGCGCAAGGGCAAGAGACUAUCGUAACAAUCGACAUCGCCUGCGAAUUGUUUAGCGCUAGUGGUCUGAUGAUAACCGCCCGGAAUUAUCUAGACGUUUAUCCGUAUGACAAAUGGUCGUCAAAGGAAAUACACGUGUAUGAGAACGGCCAAACCUUCAGUCCGACAAGUAUAGACAUGAUAGAUGGCAGCACUUCACCGCCCAAUCUACUUACUGAAGCUGAUCUCAUUGCCCUCAUGGAGAAACAUGGCAUUGGAACCGACGCAACUCACGCAGAGCACAUAGAAACGAUCAAGAGUCGUUCAUACGUAGCGCUUGCGGACGCGAUACAUUUCGUGCCAGGGCUUUUGGGCAUGGGCCUGGUAGAGGGAUAUGACGCCAUGGGCUUGACAAUAUCCAAACCAAACCUCCGAGCACAGCUGGAAGCCGAUCUCAAGAGCAUUUGCGAAGGGAGAAAGGAUCCUAAAUUGGUUUUAGCGGAACAGGUAGCAAAAUAUAAAGAAGUUUAUAUUACUGUAACGGCUGAAGCGAAUAAAAUCGACAGGGCUUUGGCGGAGAGGUUCAACGAACGUGCCGUCGAGUAUACGCCUUCUGUUGAAUCGCUACCCGCCAUGCUACCAGCUUUGAAAUGUCCAAAAUGUGGCUCGGAUAUGAUGGUCAGACAAAAGAAGAAUGAUAAUGAAUACUAUAUCAGUUGCGUGUCUUACCCGAGAUGUAUCAACGCUAUCUGGUUCCCAACAAUAGUCAAAACAAUACAGGUUUUGCCAGAAACUUGUCCAACGUGCGGACCAAACUACAAGAAGUUGAAGUUCGAAUGGCGUAACAAUUCUAUAAGUCACAUUUACCCGCCUCCGUACACCACAUGUAUCGGAGGGUGUGAUACUACCUUCCUCGAAUUACUAAAAGUGAACCUAUCGUCUGUUAAGCCUGUAUCAAGAAACACUAGCACAACAACCUCCGAUACAAAUUCUAAUAGAAACAUCGCGAACAGUAGAAACAACUCAAGCAAUUCCACUCAUCCAUCAAGCAAUAAUGUUCCUUAUAACAAUAUAUCCACUAAUUCAAACCGUCCUAGGCAGUUUGUACCUCCUCCAGUUGUAGCGAAUAGAGCUCAGAAUGGGAUGAAUGGUCCAAGGAUGCCGGUCCCUAGGAAUACCUCAAAUGAUCCAAGGCUGCCCACACCACCUUCCAGUGACAGCGGCGAAAAUCAAGUUUUCUGUGGCUGCAAUAAGGAAGCUAGAUUGCUUACUGUUCGCAAACAAGGCCCCAAUUUAGAUAAGAAGUUCUACAAAUGCCAAAUGGGUUUGGAGAACGGUGGUUGCGAUUUCUUCCUGUGGGCUCCCGAGCAAUCAGCUAGUCAAAGCAACUUCGACACGCCCCCAAACAGUACUAGAGGCAGUUCGGCAAAUGCUAGCCGCGGUUGGGGCAUAGCACCCAGCUUUUCUAGGGACGAGUACCCCGCGAAUGACGAAAAUGUGAUGUGCAACUGUGGAGUACCUUGUAAAAAAGUCACAGUUCGCAAGGAAGGACGCAAUAAAGGUCGCCAAUUCUAUAGUUGUCCUAAAGAAAUGAAUGCACGAUGUACCUUCUUUCAGUGGGCUGAUGGAGAAGCUAACACAGAAUGGGCUGGUCAAGAAAAUUUUAGCGCUGGGCGUGGUAGGGGUAGGGGCAGAGGGCGUGCAGGGGGUUCGUCGAGGGAGGGCGAGCCACGCACGCGCAAAUGUGGCCUGUGUCGACAAGAGGGACACACGAGAAACAAUUGCCCAAACAACCAGUGAAUGAAAAAGUGGUGGAAUUCUUCGAGCAAUUAUAAACUACUUUAGUAGUAGAGCUAUAUGUGGCAGUGCUCGUUCGGCGAAUUACGGCCAUGCUUAAGUCUGCUGUGUUCCGGUCUGAAGGUCGUGAGGCUUAACACCUACGCCUCGGGCUGAUGGACACAGGGCUUUACGUUGCAAGUAUUGAUCUGUUUAUAGGCGUGUUUUACACUUACCAUCCUGCUAACUGUGAGCCACCAACUUGGUCUGUUAAAAAUACUUAACUGGCGGAAGAAGCAGACGUCCGGUCGCGUUCCUCACAUACAAGUAAAUUUCAAACUAAGAUUUUCGUGGUUAAUUAAUUUACAAAAAAUGUAGCAGAGCUAAAUUUACUAACUUUUGUAUCGCACUCCAAAUGUAUUACAUUGUUAAACGAAGGUGGAUUUAGACAGUCCAUAUUUUUUUGGGAAUGAACAGCAAUUAUCAACAAUAUAAGCAAUGUAAGAGGAUGUCAAAUACUUGUCUAAAAUGUAAUUUAAUUAAUAUUCAUGAUUGAUUCAUUAUAAAGCAUCUGUAAAUAUUAAAACUAUUAUUGUAAAUAAAAAUAAGCUGUUUAUACAAC